AGCAGCAAGGCUGGAGUGGAGGCACUGUCUGCCUGCCAGAGGCUCAGAGGCUUGGAGGCGAGUGUGAGAGCAGCUGGGGCGUAGGGAGGACUUACUCUAAUCGCCCAUAAGGAUGAGGCCAUAAUUGCAUUAGCAGCCGCUCCCCGCCAGCAUGCUUCCUCCGCUGCUGACAGCUUGGCCUGUCUGGCCCCAAACGCAAGCCGCUAAGGGGCCCCGAUGGUCACUACUGGGAGAGAUGGAAGAGGACCAGUCCCCCAGGUGCUCACUGAGGCUGGAGAUGCUGCCAGGCCCAGCAGAAGCAGGAGAGGCUGGUGAGGGGCCACCACGGGUCCAGGAGGCCAGGGGCAGCCUGCCCAGGAAGGUCCAGUUCCAGCUGCCCCACACAGCCAUCCCAGUGCCUCCCCCCCGGCAGGAGGAGAAGGCCUUCUACCAACGGCUGGAGCGCUUGCUGGGGCCAGCCGGCCAAGGAGGCUUCCAGGAGCUCUUGGCCACCGAUGGCUGGGAGGACCUUGGUGAGGGAAAGUGCCUGCGGAAGUGCCUAGUGAGAGGCGGGCAUGGAGAGGGCAUCAGGCCGCAACCAGGCCAGGCAGUGACCGUGAAGCUGCUGGGAGUCUUGGAGGACUGGAGCCUGGUGGAGAAGGACCCCAAGCUGACCUUUGUCCUGGGCCAAGGGGAGGCCAUUCAGGCCUUGGAGCUUGGUGUUCCCUCCAUGCAACUGGGAGAAGUAGCCCUCUUCCUGGCCGGCCCGUCCUGUGCCUACGGUCGCCUGGGCAGGGAGCCUGACAUCCCCAUGAAUGCCAUUUUGCUCUAUGAGGUGACGGUGCUGCAGGUGCAGGACGGCCCUGACCCCACACUCUUGCCAGCCCUGGAGCGCCUCAGCCUGGGCAAUCAUAAGCGGGAGUGGGGCAACUUCCACUUUGAACGGGAGGACUACCAGCGGGCUCUGCACUGCUACCAGCAAGCUCUGCACCUGCUGCUGUUGCCAGCAGGAAAAGGCUGCCUGAGUCCGGAGGAGGAAGAAGAGCAGCAAGACCUUCAGAUCAAGUGCCUCAAUAACUGUGCUGCCACCCAACUGAAACUGCAAUGGCCAGAGGAGGCCCUGGCGUCCUGCAACCAGGUGCUGCAGCUGGACCCAGACAACGUCAAGGCACUCUUCAGGAAAGGCAAGCUGCUGUCUGAGCAGGGAGAGGAUCAGGUCGCCAUGGCUAUUCUGAAGCGAGCCCUUCACCUGGAGCCAACCACAAAGGCCAUCCACGUGGAGCUCUCUAAGCUGACCAGGAGGCAAAGAGGACAGAAGGAGCCCCCCACUAGCCCCAGACAGGCUCUCCAAAAGGACCCCCCAACUGCUCCUGAGGUUCAUAGCCCUCAGGUUGGUCAACUGGGCAAAGGGGUGGGGGGUGGCCCCAUGGCAUAGCUUCCUCCCUCCCUCAGCCCAGCCGCUUCCUCAUUCUGCUGGGCUGUCCCCUCACCCAUCUGUGCCUGGAUGUGGGGGUCCCAAUUCCAUGCUGCUGCCAAUGUUGUGGGCAUGGCCCAGAUGGGCCUUUGGGUGGCUGUGCAGCCCACUUGCUUUCUCUCUUGCUCUCCCCUCUGCAGCCAGAGGUCCCUGCCCCACAGGCAAGCUGGACGAUCUAGGAGCUCAUGAGGCGAAGCCCACCACUGCUGAGCAAAGGGCCCACCAGGGACUCUCUGCCCCCCUUCGGUGGAGCCCAGCUUCCAAAGUCAGAAGGACUGGUGGGCCCUUCCUUUCUCAAGGCCGAGGAGGAGUUGCCCAACCACCGUGGGCACCUUUUUUUAAGCAUGACUGACUCCAUUCUGGGCUGUUACUCAUUCUGAAGUGGACAAUUUUUCUUCCAAGCCAAGGAUGCUCUGUUCAUCAGCAAAGCCCAAGAAAGGGUGUCACUCUGCAGCCAAAGCAUCCUGGGCCACUUUGUGGAGAGGAGCACAUCGCUUGGCAUUGCCUCGCCCUGCUGAGCCUCCAAGGGCUCUGUCAGAGGGUCUCCUUGCUCUGACAUUCCUAGCUGAGGACUGGCCUCUUCCUGUUCAGCCUGGAGAGUGGAGGAGAGCGUCUGGGGCGAGUCCAGGGGGCCCUCCGGUAGAAGCAGGCUCCCCACACCUCCACCUUUGCACUUGGAAGGACACACAGAACUGGCUCUGCAGCCCGGGCUAAUCUGGGCAGAUCUCAGGGACCGCUAAAUGUUUCCUCAACAUCAUCAUA